AAAAAAAAAAAAAAAAAGUCAUCCUGACAAAUAAACUUGAACUAAUUGAUAAAAUUAAUUAAUAACCCGGCUGUAAUUGAAAGCAAAAACAACAAUUAAGAAGACUGUGAUUAUUUGGUGUCAUUACAAUGUAUGAACCUGCAGCGCUCCAAAUGCAUCUUAAGGACCCACUCACAGCCACCAAGAUGACUAAGUGGACAAAUAAACCACGAAAACUUCGAGAUGAAGAGUCAUCAGAUGAAGUCAGUGGGUUGACUUGUCAACAUGUGACAAUGGCAGUGGACUUGACGUCGGUGAAGAAAUCUGUGUUCUCCACCCUGUGGUUCGUGUGUUCUGAGUGUCUGAAAGAAAGGGCCAUUAUCAACAGGGAGACAGAAGCAUUUCAAGACAUCUUAGUAUGCCUCAAGUGUGGUUUCCAAGCAUGUAACCACUCAGGAAUUGAUCAUGCUGUCAAGCACCACCAAGCCUUUCAUCCUGAUCAUUGCAUCACCAUCAGCUUAGGCUCUUGGAAAGCCUGGUGUUUUGAAUGUAAUGAGGAACUGUCCACUCACUGUAACAAAAAAGCCUUGGCACAGGCCCUGGAUUUUUUACAAAAGCACUCUUUCAAGGCAACAUCAGCAACAUCCACCAAGAUCCAGAAAUUGAGAGAAGAGCCCACUGAUUAUAAAGAUCCCUCAAGAGGCAAAAGCUCAGUCAUCAACAGUGCCUUGGUUGCUGUUAAAGGCAUCAAUAACCUUGGAAACACCUGCUUCUUCAAUGCUGUUAUGCAGAAUCUGUCCCAAACACAUAUGCUCAAUGACCUCAUCCAGGAAGUGAAGGAGAAAGGGUAUAAACUAAGGAUCUGCCCCCCAGUUGAGAGCCAUCUGGCUCCUUUAAUAGCAAUGCUCCCCAGUCCUGAGCCACUGACUGCAGCCAUGCUUCUCUUCCUCCAAUGCAUGAAAGAACCAGGAAAGGGUCCAGUUAAUCCCAAGAUCCUCUUUAAUCAGCUUUGUCAGAAGGCUUCACGGUUUAAGGGGUAUCAACAACAGGACAGCCAAGAGCUUCUUCACUAUUUGCUGGACUCCAUAAGAGUAGAGGAAACUAAAAGGGUGAAGGCUGGAAUUCUCCGGGCUUUUAACAAUCCUACUGAGAAGACAGCAGAUGAGGAAACCAGACGCCAAGUCAAAGCAUAUGGAAAGGAAGUUGUAAAGAUGAACUUCAUUGACCGCAUCUUUGUUGGAGAGCUGACCAAUACAAUUAUGUGUGAAGAGUGUGAACAUAUCUCAACAGUUAAGGAAGCUUUCAUAGACAUCUCUUUACCCAUAAUAGAGGAACGGAUAUCAAAACCAUCUAACAGUAUCAGGGCAGUGAAGGAAAGUCGAGAGCAGGACGCCAACAUGGUGGUCGUUUCCACAACAAACUCAGGAAACAGAAACACCAGGAAGCUGAGAGGACAGAAAAAAUAUGGCAAGAUGUCUUCCAGCUCCGUGAACGGAAAGAGGGCAGAUUUCUGUGUGGAACAAUACGAAGAAGAGGGGAUUGAUGGUGGAACAACCCGCUGUGUCUUUGCGCACAACAUGGCCACUGACGGAAGCCUCUCAGAUGGCAGUGAGAGAGGCUCUGGCCUUCAGGACAGCAGUAAUGAUGCCGACAGUGAGGCUUCAGAGAGCGAGUGGGCCCCGCACACUAUGUCCAGUCAUGUCCAAUCCCACACGACACCCACGGUCAAUUCAGCCGCUGUAUUUGCUAACACCUCAUCACCCUCUUCUAAGCAAUGUGGCAAUGUGGACCCACUAGUAAGCAGUUUGUCAAAAGUCAGCCUUGGCCUCAGUUCAGGAGACAGCUCGCCUCCCUUGCGAUGUUCCCCUGAGGAGCCAGAGGAAACAAAAUCACUAGAGAAUCUCCACCAUCAGUACCGCCGUAGGGCAUUCCAGGCACUCUCCCAAAGUUACAAUCCCAGCUCCAAGGAAUGCUCCAUCCAGUCCUGUCUCCACCAAUUUACCUCUGUGGAACUACUGAUGGGUAACAACAAGUUGCUUUGUGAGAGUUGCACUGAACGGAGACAAAAGCAGAUACACAAGAGCAGCUCAGGUGAUAAAAAGGUGGAGAUCUACACGAGUGCAAGAAAACAAAUGCUCAUUUCCUCACUUCCUCCCGUCAUCACAUUGCAUCUGAAACGUUUCCACCAGGCCGGAAUGAAUUUCCGAAAAGUCAACCGUCAUGUUGACUUUCCUUUAAUCUUCGAUCUGGCCCCAUUUUGUUCAGCAUCAUGCAAGAACCUGGCCCAUGAUGACCGUGUCCUUUACAGCUUGUAUGGGAUAGUAGAGCACAGUGGAUCAAUGCGUGGUGGUCACUACACUGCAUAUGUAAAAGUCCGCACACCCCAGAAGAAAACGGAACAUCACAGGAACUUUUCAGGUGUAAAGGACUUGACCAGCAGUUCCCCGGGCCAGUGGUUCUACAUCAGCGAUACCAUAGUCCAAAUGGUACCAGAGUCCAGAGUUCUCCUCGCUCAGGCAUAUCUGCUCUUCUAUGAGGAAAUCAUAUGAUCUGAUAGCUUUGAUAAAUGACAUGUUCAAAUCUAACUAAUAUUUUGUGUUCAUCCCUUUGUAAGGUUAGGAAAAUGGAAAAGAUUCUACUCUGGGUUUUUCUUCAAUAAUAUAAUUUGGAUCUUUGUUUUAUCAAUUGAUCCUUGUAAAUCUUGGCAUUAUCUAGUGGUAGAUUAACAUACAGUAUAAAGAUUGGGUUACUUUCGAAUUAACUAUGGGUUUUUACUUAUUUGUCUAAAACUUCACUCCUUUAUGACACCAACCAUUACAACACAUUUUUAUGUUAAGUUGCUAUAAGUGACCUAUACGACCCACCCACACAAUAAACUGUUGCCAGAGCAACAUUAAAAACAUUGUGAGUAAAUGUAUGUAGCUCCUAAAAGGUAAUAGUACUAUAUUCACCUUCCAUGCAACACCUUCGCUAGGUGAUCUUGAGCUCAGAAAAGCAUUUGGUGCUCAGCUGUCAGGUUCAUUUUAUAAACAUUGUCAGACUGAAUCAAAUAUAGCUUCAGCCAUUGGUUCAUGAUUAUUAAUACUGAAUGUUCACAUUUAAAUACUCUCCUGGUUUGAGUGGCUACACCUCGUAAAAUGAAAAACUUGCAAAUCAAUAGAACAGUGAUCAUGUAAUCCCUCUGUCCUUAUGACAUCAGAAUGUAUUGAUUCUUGCCAAAGAUUAAGUUAUAACAAAUUGUGUAAUUUAGCCUAGCGAUCUCGAUUAAUAUUUGUUGAAAUAUGCUUUUGUUUAAGGUAAUCAGUAUUUUGUCACACACACAAAAUACUAUGUCUAAUUAAUUGUCAAGUAUUUCAGAUUGACUGCAAGAUGAGGCAAGCAACAAACAGUGAAGUGACUACAUUGCGACUAUUGGUAACGUUUUACUAAAUCAUAGUCAUAAAAUGGUCCAAGGCUUCAAGCCUUAGUAGUCCAACAUAUUUGUGUAAUACGCAUAAGGGUUUAUUAAUGCUGUAAUUAAUACAGUAUAUUGGUUAUUGUUGCAUCAAUUAAUGUAAUUUUUUUAAUUUUAUUUUAUAUUAGGUAUGUUUUUGUUGUUCAAACAUUUGCCAAAAAGGUUUUGGCUGGCAUUCACACUAAAAUAGAGUUUUAUUUAUUUUUCAUUAUUACUGUAUAUCUGACAGAUUAAGUCCUUAUGCUUAUUGUUAUGAAACAUGGCUGUUGAAAAUGAACGCGUGAAAAUAAAUGCUCUGGAUAUGUGACAUUCA